UGUAAUAUUUUUCAGAUGUCGUCAGAUGAAGACCUCACACAUGAUUUAUUGUUGACCAGGCCAGGGUCAGGGGAAGAUUUAACAGAUCACAUUCAAGAGUCAUCCUCAGUGGGUGAUUGUCCUCUGUCCUCUGAGCAGCUAGAAGACCCGCUUGCUCCAAGCACCAGUGAUGCACCAGAUGAGGGAAUUGUGUCAUCUCCUGUAAACAGUAUAGACUUGGAUAGGGAUUCUCCACUGGGAGGAGCUCUUGACGAUGAGGAAGAUGGUGGACCACCAAGCAUUGAGACACAGCCUCCAGAUGAUGUUGAUGAUUUAUCAGUGUCUUGCAUAACUUAUGGAUGGAUAAGGUCUGAUGACAGUCAUUACGGAAACUCCCACCCGGGAUUAGGUUACUCCAUAAUCAACACUGAGGCACCAGAUAAUGCUGACUCAUCAGGCCUUAGUGAGAUGCCAGGAUUGGAACCUGGUGAUUUUGGUGUUGGUCCUGUAUAUGGUCCUCACAUGCCAGGAACAUUUAAUAGUCCUACCCAUGAAUCAGGAGCACUCUCAUAUGGAGAUGUCACAGAUGAAAAUGCAGUUGGCGGCAUAUGUGGCCUUCGGAAUUUGGGUAAUACUUGCUUCAUGGCAGCAGGAAUCCAGUGCCUGGUGAAUACACCACCUAUUGCUCAGUAUUUCUUCAGUCACCAUCACAACAAUUUAAACACAAAGGACUCCUUAGCUGGCCAGUUUUCCCAGUUAACGCACAAAAUUUGGUGUGGCAAGUACUCAUCCUUGAGGCCAGCUGAUUUUAAGGAUGCGUUUGGGCAACAGUGGAGAGAUUUUCGAGAUUAUAGACAACAUGACUGUCAAGAGUUUGUCACACUUCUGCUGGAGACUUUACGCAAACAGAUGUGCUUGACAGAUGAUGGAGGGGAGGGCAUAAGCCUGGAUACUGUUAAAAAUCAGAAAACUAAGAAUGCCUCCAUUGAUAACAGUGGAGUGGCCAGCUGCAGUAGCAGCAGCAGUAGUAACAGCAGAAGUAGCAGCAGUUGUACCAGUAGAAGCAACAGACCAAGUGGUAGCCGAGGCAGUCACUCGUGUUCCUCCCCAUCGUCUCCCCAAUCACCUCAUUGUCCUACCUCCCCUCAGUCACCUCACUGUCCAAGUUCUCCGCAGUCACUUCAUUUACUCAAGCAGCCUCUAGAGCUUCGCAGUGAUUCACAUGAGGAAACUGUUGGCUUAGACAGUGGGGCUGCUUCACCUAAGAGCAGUGUAUCGAGCAGUUCUGUAGAUGCACAUCUUAUCAACCUGAGAUUGCAGCCCAUACCUGAAGAAGUUCGUGCCCUUAUUCCCACAAGCAUGAAUGCCUCCUGUGAUGAUCUGUCUCUUGCGGGUACUACAAGUUGCCACGAUGCUGAGAGUGUGACAUCAGAUAUAUCUGAUCCAGCAGAAGUAUGCGGUAGUAGUAGUGUGCGGCGGUACAAUCAUUUAGGAAUAGGAAGUGAUGUGUGUGAUAGUUCAGACUGUGAUAUCAGCACUACUCAAAACCUGGUGCCCAACAGUGGUCUUCAAAUAUUACACUGUGAUAGCUCAUCCAACUUGGAGAAGAAUCAGCUUAAUGAUUCUCUUAGGCAGGAAAAGAACCAACGCUUGUUAGCCACUAGAACAGAAAAAGCUGAGCUUAGUGACUUGGAAUUUCCUUGUGGUUCAGUUCCGCAUUCAUCUAUGGUUAAAUUAGAAGAUAUUAUUAAGGAGACCAAAACUUCUAAUGUCAAUGUUUUAGUGAAAGAAAAUCCAGCUAAUAAUGAAUUUUUAUAUGAUUCUGAAAAAUAUGCUAAAUAUGAUAAAUCAAGGUUAAAAAAUAGCUUGGAUAAUUUAAGUAAAUCUGGAACAAAACGUGUUAAAGAGGUCAAUCUACUUCAUGAAAAAAGAGGCUGUCAUCCCAUGGUCAUUGAAGGAGAAUCUGAUUCUGAGGAAGUUGAUAAUAGGGAUGAUAUUUCAAUAAACAAACGUAUGCGACUGGAUGAGAAAAAUGUUCAGUAUGAGCUGGAAAAAUAUCAAGUGGGAACUGUAGAAAGAACUAUGGAUAGCUCGACAUCUACGUUGGGAAGUGAUUUACAUUUUGUCGCAGCGCCUUCAUUUUCAUCCCAUGAGCAGCGCCAAGCUGAAUUGACCUGGCGAUCUUUCAUAGGAGAUGCCAAGAGUGCUGUUGUUGAAACCUUUUAUGGACAAUUUAAGAGUUCGAUGGUAUGUUCUGCUUGUGGACAUAAGUCAGUCAAAUAUGAUCCAUUUGGAACCCUUUCUGUGCCUCUUCCAUAUGCAAAUCAAAUUCAGAUAUGAGGAUAGCUACAUGACCAAAUUUCUUAAUUACAACUUAAGAAGCAUAUAUGCUUUCCAACUGGCCCCACCUCCACCUAGUGUUGAAGAUGA